CGGCGAAAAAACGCCGCUUGGCAAAAUAACGGUAAGAUUAUCGCCGAAUUAUCGCCGAUUUCACCACAACGGCCGGCGAUAAUCCGGCGAUGUUCGGCGAUUUUUCGCCGGAUUUUCGCCACCCCCAUUGGGAGUGCUCUUACGUAGAUAUGAAUAUGCAUUUUGUAGUUAUAAUUUUGUGAUGUAGGUUUAAUUGUUUUAUUGCUUUUUUUUCUAUGUUAAUGUGGUAGGUGUUGAUGGUACAACCUUAACUAUGUUGUGUUUUUAUUAUGUUGUUUAGAAGUUGACGUAUGAGAUAAGGUGGGUGUAUUUUGUUGACUAGUUUGUCCUCAUCCAUUGAGUGAUCGAGAAUUACUUGAAUCCAAGAAAGGUGAUGAUUUAGUAGGUAGGUGUUUUUUUGUUUGAUAUGGAACUCGUCACUCCUAUUCUCCUAAGCACGAGAUAUAAACCUGUUGGAUGGCAUUGAAUCUGAACCAUGAGAGAUUAUUUUUUACUAGAUAUUUUAAAUAACCGGAAGAGUUGGAUCACUGAUUGAUUCCACAAAAACUAGUUUCCAUUUAUUGCAACUAUUUCUUGCCAUAAAUUAACAUAUGCUGUUUUUGAUCCAUGCAUGUAUCUUGUCACUCUCACUCACAACUAUGUCCAAAAUUUCUUUAAUUAAACACAUGACUUAUCUCAAUCUGUGCGAUUGUAUUAUAAAUAUCAAGUGACUAUUUGGUUUGUUUGACCUGAUAUGAUAAAUUAAAAGAGUGUAGAUUUUAUAAUUAUAUUUGAAGCUUAUGAGAUUUUUUUUCUCAACCACGUAUGGAACAAAACUAGGAUCUUUUAUUACAUAAGGGGUGGGAAAUUGUACUACUUUGUGCACUAUUAAGCUAUUAAGUAUUAACACUUUAACAGCAUCAACAGACUACAAUCUCUUAUUUUGUCAUUCUCAUAAUAUUAGUAGUAUCAUAUUAGGUUCUUAUUUCGCCACUUUCCAAACACUAUCCAUGCAUUUAAUAAGUAUCCUAACUAAAUUGAUAUCAAAUAAUUUUAUAAUAUAAAAUUCCACUACAAUUGUAAUAUGGCAUAAUUUAAAUUAUAAAAUUAUACAGUACAAUUAAAAUUCCAAAAUUAUAUCAUCGAAAUUAUAAAAAAAAACUAAAAUUGAAAAACUUACAUACUACUAAAAAACUAAUCCAUUACUAACACCGGCUUGAGAUUUUGAAGAAGUGUGUUGUGAUUCUCCAAUUGUUCUAUCUUCAUUCUCGAUGUGUAUGUACAUCUGGCUUGACUUUUUAAUACAUAUUCAACAACUACGUAUCGUUUUCAAGUGUCUCCAAGAAUAUACUAACAUCUUGUGAAGCGACAUUGCUUGUGGUGACGUCUUCCUCUUUCCCUCACUUCGCCACCUUUUGUCCAAUCAAAUGACUCAUACUCGCAUCCAUGCCAUCACUCCUAGUGAGUCCUAGACACGUUGUCGGUCAAAUUGGACUCACUGCGGGUGGAGAAGUGGCCCGCCACCACAAUGUGCUUCGUUUUAUCAGAUCCAACCAUUCCACUGCUUAGCCAUUUUUUGAAGUGGCCAAUCUCUUCCCAUUCUCGAACUUAUUUGAAAAUCUUUGUAUUAUCGUAUUGAUAUGUGUCCAUUGUCUCUUUCAAAAUAUUCUAUGUACUUGAGUCGCUCCUUACUUGCGACUCCAUGUUGUUGUACAAGGCGCAACACUUUUCUAAUAAUGAGUUAACUUGAUCAAAAUGGCCUAGAGCAUACGAGCUUCGCAAGUACCGGUGCCUUGAGGGAAUAUCAUGUUGUAUCUCUCGAUUAUUAAUUAAGUAAAAACAGUUUAACUGUCAAUUUUCGAUGUCUUCAUCAAACCAACGAAAAAUGGACUAAAUCGAAUUGCUAUAAUUUACAUAUGAAUUCUACUUAAUUUUUAUGACUGAUAAUAUUUAUAAUUUCAGUCAUGAUUGGUUGUCUUUUUAGUUGUUUUAUCUCCCUACAGAAGAUUUAAAUAUAUUAUGUCAAAAAUUCAUUUUGUAAAGAACAAUUAAUUAACAACUCAUUUUCGAUAAAAUAGUUAGUUACUACAAAAAAAAUAAUGCAAAUCUCAUUAUACACGACAUUCGUCAUCUACUUAUUCAGUUUAUAGAAGCGUAUUAAAGAAUAUGUAUGAAAUCUCUUGGGUGAUCCUCUUCGAGUCUCAGGCUCUCAGCUGAUGAAGCCCAAUUCACCGAAUUCGCACGCUAGGGUUUGAAAGAGCAACAAUUUUAGGUGAUCCGACCCUUUUUCUCUUCUCAAUCUGACACAGUUUUAUCUCACUGCUUAUUCACGAUAAUGAUCAUCCCUUACUCGAUUUUAUUGUAAUUUUUCGCCGGCUAAAUCGGGAAAAGCGCAUCCCUAUGUUGGCUGUUGGGUUUAAAAUCUUCACCGGUUAUUUGCAAGCAAAGAAUAAUCAUCAUUGGUAGCUAAGUAGUAUUAUAACCCUUUUAUGAUUUAGGAAAUUGAUAAUUGGAUUUGAGGGAAAACCAUUUCAGCCGAGCUGAAUUUUUGACCGUUAAGUAGCUCCAAGUAAUGGCGACCAGGGCAUUGCUUGAUGCGCUGACGAAAAAUCCAAACUUUGGGAACCAAACGUUUAGCUCCAGAGGCCUAUUCUCCGGCAGCUAUGUGGGCGUUUCCUCCUCCGCCGCCGCCACUUCUUUCGCUAUUGCAACUCCUUUUGCAUAUCGAGCUUUGUUUGGGGAUGGCCCUAUGCAAAUUGCCUACUGUGAUGCUGGUGCAAUCUUAGAUGAAGAUUUUAGUGCUGUUAUGCAGAGCCGGCAAGUUGGCUCUAGCUAUGUUGAUGCAACUGUUGGUGACAAUCAUGGCAAAAGUUUUUCUACUGGGAAUGCUUUGGGGAAUGAACUAAGACACAGUUUCAAGCAGUAUGAUAUCCAGCUGAAACCACUCUUCUCGGCAUUUCAUUGGAAAAUUUUUGGCCUGACAUCAUUGAGGUCAUUUAUGUUAUUCUAUUUGCCUCUUUUGGAACCCCGUCCACCCACAGAAGAAGACGACGAUGCAGAUUUUCUAGUUGAGAAUCCCGUAGAGCAUCAUGUAGAUUUGGUUGAGCCAUUUAAGAAAUCAGUGAUACAAAUCAUCCGUGAGACAAGUGUGGUUACCACAAGGCGUAUCCUUGAAAGACUCGCAGUUCAUUAUGCUUCACAACGCAUAGCAUGGAAACUUCUCAAGGAUGUUCCCAAGUCGGCAAUUCGGAAGGCAUCAAGGAAAUUACCAACUUGUACUUUCUGUUUCUAUGUUAGCAGAACCACCUUCAGAGGACAUCUCCUUGGAGUUUUAGCUUCGUGGGCUGUUCAAGUUGGCCUCGAUAUGUAUGGAUUUAUUUAUAGUAUAGUUAAAUCCAAGAAAGACAGUCAUGAAACAACUUAUACGAAAGAUGAAUUUAAGAUCCUUGGAAAGAAGGUUUAUGGUACCAGUGUCCAAAACGCUGCCUCGCUCGUUUUUGCAUCUGUCGGAGCUGGCAUUGGCGCUACAUUAAUUCGUCCCUCAACAGGGCAGUGGGGUGUGCGCUUGGGGAUUUAGGAGGCCCGAUUAUGAUUGCUUUCUAUUUCGAGAAACUUGGUUGGGUACUCUAAUUGCUCAUACAAACGGAUAAUUGCUCAUACAGACUCAGAUUUUGUUAAAUAGCAUUCUUUGUUUUAACUUAGUUGAUUGUAAUUGCAGAAAUAAUUCAGUUCAUAAACAAUAAAAAUUGAUAGAAAAUAGUGUAUAUUUUUUUGAGUUAGGGUGGGGAUUGGGAUUUACUACCCUAAUCUCUUUCCCUUGCUGAUGGGGAGUAAUGCUAUACUAAGUUACAAGACUUGUAGUAGGGCAGGCAUGUAGAUUCAUAGUUAUUCAAUACUCCUUUUUAAGUUAUGUUUUGGUGUUGAAAUUAUC